AUGAACAAGGGCGACGGCCUGCAGGGCGCGCUGAUCGUGCGGCCGCCCGGCACCAAAGUGGGCGCGCCGCCGCCGGCGGGCGAGCACAUCCUCUUCCUCAGCGAUUGGUGGGAGUACACCGGCGCCGCGAUGGCGAUCCGCCUCAACAGGCCGUUUGACCCCGCGAAGGCGACCAGCACCAGCGGCGACUGGUGCUGGUUUGGCGUGCCGCGCUCCAUCCUUAUCAACGGCAAGGGGUCCAUCUCGGACUGCGAGAACGUGUACGACCGCAAGGUCAACCAGACUAUGCCAAACGGCAAGGUCGCGCAGACCGCAGACGUCUUCAACCCCUGCAUCACUGGCGCCCUGGGCCCCAACGGCUCGUGGCCCGUCUGCAAAAUCGACUCCACCGCCUCCGCCAAGUGCAAGCGCGAGGAGAUCUCCCUCACGCCCGGCAAGCCCGCCACCUUCCGCAUAGUCAACGCCGCCACCCUCGUCUACAUGACCGUCUGCUUCGGCGGCCAUGACGUCACGGUGACGGCGGCAGACGCGCGGCCGGUGGCGCCAGUCGGCUUUGGGGAGUGCGUGGACCUGAACCUGGGGCAGCGGCUGGACGUGACGGUCAAGCCCAACGGCACCGCCAAGAGCGACUGGCUGUCGGGUGCGCGGCGGCCUCGGGUCGGGCCGUGGCGGGGCGUCGGGCCGCCCUGGGCCUGGGCGGGGCGGGGCGCAAAGGUCUUGGGGUUGUGGCCCGGCGUGUGA